GCCACACAGCACUUGCGCGGUUGUAGCAUCAGGAGGAGCUGGCUGGUUGAUCUCCACUGCCUGGCCACCGCCUUCCAUCCCUAACGCCUGCCCGCUGCUGCAGGACUCGUCUCUUUUCUCGCAGGAUACAAACAGAAUUUAACAUCGACAGCUUCUCUCCCGUUGCAAUGGGUUCCUUCACUGCGCUGACGUGUUAUUGAUGACCUUUUAAAAAAAAUAACCUUCAAAUAUGAAUCAUGCAUCUGAUAUCUUUUCCAAAUCUACUCGCGAGCAUCCUUGUGUCCUGGCUCCAUCCACUCACUUUAGCGUCAACGGUAGAGAAUGUCACUGUGGGGGACGCGGCGCCGGCGGAGUUGGGACAGGACGCAGCUGCGGCUCAGGACAGCGGUAACCAAAUGGACCGCGGCAGUGCCGUGCAGGAGGAGAUCACCUACCCGUCCCGCCUCAUCUACUACCUGCACGAAGACUCCGAGAGCACCUACCACGACCUGGACACGCACGCGCGCGACCAGGCCAGAGACAACCAGGUGAUUCAUCUUGCUCAAGCCACUUACCAGCUAGAGGCCUUUGGCUCCAGAUUUGUACUGGACCUGAAAUUAAACAAUGACCUGCUCUCCUCAGACUAUGUGGAGAUCCACUAUGAGGAGGGCAAACCUGUCCAGUCCAAGGGUGGGGAGCACUGCUGCUACCACGGCAAGGUGAGGGGCAACGAGGACUCGUACGUGGCUCUAUCCACCUGCAACGGCCUGCAUGGCAUGUUUGAUGAUGGAGUCUAUGUGUACCUAAUUGAGCCUCUGCAGCAGACUCACUCCAUAGGUUCAGCUGCUCGACCCCACAAGCUGCGCAGGACGCAAACUCUACAGUGGGCCGAAAACCCAGAUGAGCAGACGGACCAGGAGCAGGGCCUCUCAGAGCUGGCCGAUCUGUGGUGGCUCCGGCGCAGGAAAAAGCGAGCUAUGCCCCGCAAUGUUUUUGAGGAGAUGAAGUAUUUGGAGAUCAUGAUCGUCACCGACCACCACAUGUACAAACGACACAAGACAGGACAGCACACCAAGAACUUCGCCAAGGCUGUAGUUAACCUUGUGGACGCAAUAUUUAAGGAUCAGCUGCACACGCGGGUGGUGCUGGUGGGCGUAGAGAUCUGGACGGAGAGAGACCAGAUUUCCGUCAGCACCAAGCCCCUGGAGGUGCUGCGCGAUUUCUCCAAGUACCGGCAGCAGAGCCUCAAGCAGCACGCCGACGCCGUGCACCUCUUCUCCAAUGUGACGUUCCACUACGGCAGAAGCAACGCGGCGUAUUUCGGCGGUGUUUGUUCCACCAGCCGGGGAGUUGGGGUUCACGAGUAUGCUGCCACCUGGAACAUGGGUGCCUCUCUCGCUCAGAGUCUGGCACAGAACCUGGGAAUCCAGUGGGAUCUGCCGGCCAAGAAAAAGGAAUGCGGUUGUUUGGACCCGUGGGUUGGCUGCAUUAUGGAGGAAACUGGAGUGCAGCACCCACGCAGGUUCUCCAAGUGCAGCAUCACUGACUACAAGGAGUUUCUGCUGAAGGGCGGAGGGUCGUGCCUCUUUAACAGGCCCACCAAGCUGUUCGAGGUGACGGAGUGUGGGAACGGCUACGUGGAGGUGGGGGAGGAGUGUGACUGCGGAGGCAGAGUGGAGUGCUACAAGGACUGCUGUAAAAAGUGCUCUCUGUCUAAUGGAGCUCACUGCAGUGAUGGCCCAUGCUGCAAUAACACCUGCCUGUUCUACCCCCGUGGGUUCAGCUGUCGCUACGCAGUGAAUGACUGUGAUAUUUCAGAGACGUGCUCGGGCGACUCAGGCCAGUGUCCUCCAAAUUUGCAUAAGCAGGACGGCUACUCCUGCCAGCUCAACCAGGGUCGUUGCUACAGUGGGGAGUGUAAGACCAGAGAGAACCAGUGCAAAUACAUCUGGGGGCCCAAGGCUGGAAGCUCUGACAGGUUCUGCUACGAGAAGCUGAACACUGAGGGGACAGAGAAGGGGAAUUGUGGGAAGGAUGGAGAGAACUGGAUCAAGUGCUGCAAGCAUGAUGUGUUUUGUGGGUAUCUGCUCUGUAUGAACGUCGGGCGAACUCCCCGUAUCGGGCUCCUGAAGGGUGACAUCACGCCCACCUCCUUCAACCAUCAGGGCCGGCUGGUGGACUGCAGUGGUGGACACGUGCUGCUGGACGAUGAGACAGACGUGGGGUAUGUAGAGGAUGGGACUCCCUGUGGGCCCUUAAUGAUGUGCCUUGACCGCAAGUGUCUCCCGAUCCAGUCCCUGAACAUGAGCACCUGCCCCAGUGGCUCCAACGGGCAGGUGUGCUCCACCCACGGGGUGUGCAAUAACGAGGGGACCUGCACCUGUGACUCCACCUGGGCCGGGACCGACUGCAGCAUGCCCGACCCCCCCAAGGAGGUGCCCCCCAAGGAGGACGACGGCCCCAAGGGUCCUAGUGCCACAAAUCUUAUAAUAGGCUCCAUCGCGGGGGCCAUCCUGGUGGCUGCCAUUGUGCUGGGGGGUACAGGAUGGGGCUUUAAGAAUGUGAAGAAGAGGAGGUACGACCCCAACGCCAGCGCCAUCUAGAGGACUGGAGGCCAGGAGCACGAGCACUAAGAGGAAGGAAGCCUUCUGGAUUUCAGUACAAAUCCAUUUCUGGACUGCACUUAAUUUCUGCCAUUUUUUUGGCAUUCGUUUUACUUAAAGAAAUAAUAAUAAUAAUAAUAAUAAUAAUAAUAAUAACAAUAAUAAUAAUUAACUAACAAAAAACAUAGAGAAGACUUAAGAACAUUAACAGCUUCCAUCUUAGUCAUGUAGAAAUGCAGCCCCUCUCUCAGCCCCCAAAACCCCCAGCUGCCUCAAACCCACCGCACCAUGUCCCAGAAUGCCCCACUGAUGCAGGUAUUGUUCCAGCACAUUCUAUGCCACUGCCCUUCUCCCUCCCCAGCGAAACAAAUGACUUCCUUGACUCUGGCAUGUGGAGCCCCCUGCUGGAGGAUCCUUGCAUGGCAAAAGAAGGCCGACAAAACAAAAGCAAAGCAACACUCAGCUUUUAUCACACAAGAACAAGGAAUACGCCUCUGAAACCAAAAAGUGGAAAAUUAUUUGUCGAAGGUUACCUAGCAACGCCUCUGGGCCCUGGUGCUCAUACCCUUCCGGACCUAUAGGGGGCAACACCAGACUGAGGACUUGGACAGCAGGAGCUGGUCAGAGACCAGAGGAAAAAACCAAACUCUGUGAUUGACCAUUAAGCUUUCAUUUUCUCCACAAAUUAACCGAAACUGCUUUUGUUCUACAUUUUAAAAUUAGCAUGGUGUAUAACAGGUGUUCUUUGACUGUGUUCCUGAAAAGAAAAUCAAGCAAAAUUUAAGCAAUGAAGCAAUUGUCGGCCAAAUUACAAAAUGACAGCUGACACAACCAUGCAACAUGCAACAUGCAGCCAGUGCAUUGUCCAGCCAUUUCACCACGCCGCUGAGUGAAUGAAAUGCACCACCCUCCACAGGGAUCAGGCACAUCAGGAGUGGGUGCUUGGAGGGCCACAGACUUCUAUGUCAUGUCCAGGGGUCGGGGAGGAGAAACAGGCCUGGAACAGCGGCGGAGUUAUAUCACGGGGGUGUCUGAAUGUAAUCCUAGCAGCGACACAAAGCCAAAGAAUUAACCAAUCAAAAUGUUUGGGGGUGUGGUCACACAGCGGCCCCCCUCCUGUGUGGUUGGCUUGCAUCAGACACACUGUCGUGGGGCAGAACUCCCCAGUGCCUGGGGGCCCAGUAAUGUCUCCAUUAACACCUGCUGUACUGGCGUGUGUUCUCAUUAACUCGACUAGAAAGCAAGUUGGGUCCCUGGUGGUACGCUGCAUGUAAACACUACACUGGGCUUAUUAAAAUCUUAUUAAACGAGUCCCAAGAUCCACAAGAAUAUUUUACAAAAUAAAAGAGUAGGUGCAUGUCAACGAAUAAACCAUUUAAGUUUUAUUUACUAUGCAAAGAAAGGUAUUGCACAAGCUUAUGGGUUAAUAAAUGUAAACAAUAACAAUGGUAAUAUUAUUAAUACCGAUAAGGCGAUUUUUUUAUAUGCUUGGCCACUCCCACAUCUGUGUUUUUAUUUGACUAUUUAAAGAAAUGUAAAAAAUAAAAUGUCGGAUUUGCCAAAUCCAAAGUGAAGAGAGGAGAACGAGGUGCAUCUGCAGAGUGGAGGAGGGAAGCAGCCCUGCUCUGUGUCCCUCAGUCUCCACACAGGCACAGAAUGGCCGCUGUUUCCCAACUCCAGCCUGCAGCGAAGCUCGCUGCUUCUCUGUUUUCCCCGUGCUGCCGUAGCAAUCACUGGGGGUCAGGUCUAUGUUAACCCCACCUAUCCCCACCCACACAGAUAACCCCUCCCAUCUUGUGAACCCUCCUCACACUGCUUCACAAUCAGAUGGAAGAAGUUCAAUAAAAAAACAACAAAAUUAUUUUA